GAUACUCCGCCUCUUCCGGUGACAUCAUACCUCUAGGGAGCAGCUCCAUUCUAGUAACUACCAGUCGCUAAUGCUAGUUGGCAAUAUGGCAGUGCUAAGUGCAGCGUCGCGACAAUUGAGGAAGAGGUUUCUAUCUGGCACAGGCAGCAAGAAAUUGGCCUCCGUGUCUCAUGCAUUAACUCGGUAUUUACACUUCACUUUGUAUGGCAAGAAGAAUGCAUCUGCUAAAGUCUCUGAUUCGAUUUCAACACAAUAUCCUGUUGUGGACCAUGAGUUUGAUGCAGUCGUGGUGGGUGCUGGUGGUGCAGGAUUGAGAGCAGCAUUUGGCUUAUCUGAAGCAGGCUUUAGUACAGCAUGUAUCACAAAGUUAUUUCCUACAAGAUCUCAUACAGUAGCCGCACAGGGUGGCAUAAAUGCAGCUUUGGGUAACAUGGAAGAUGAUGACUGGAGGUGGCACUUUUAUGACACAGUAAAAGGCUCUGAUUGGUUGGGCGAUCAAGAUGCCAUCCAUUACAUGACAGAACAAGCACCUGAAUCUGUUAUAGAGCUUGAAAACUAUGGAAUGCCUUUCAGCAGAACUGAGCAAGGGAAGAUCUACCAGCGUGCUUUCGGAGGGCAAAGCCUGAAGUAUGGGAAAGGUGGGCAGGCUCAUCGCUGCUGCUGUGUUGCAGACAGGACUGGACAUUCGUUGUUACACACUUUGUAUGGAAGGUCUCUCCGAUAUGACACUAGCUAUUUUGUUGAGUAUUUUGCCUUGGACCUCCUAAUGGAAAACGGAGAAUGUCGUGGUGUUAUUGCUUUAUGCAUGGAAGAUGGAUCCAUACACCGCUUCAAGGCUAAGAACACAGUUAUAGCUACUGGGGGAUAUGGAAGAACUUAUUUUAGCUGCACCUCUGCUCACACAUGUACUGGUGAUGGCAGCGCCAUGGUGACACGAGCUGGACUAUCCUGCCAAGACAUGGAGUUUGUACAGUUUCAUCCAACCGGUAUUUAUGGAGCCGGAUGUUUGAUUACUGAAGGAUGCCGUGGUGAGGGAGGAAUUCUUAUUAACAGUAAGGGUGAAAGAUUCAUGGAAAGAUAUGCUCCUUUAGCUAAGGACCUUGCCUCUCGUGAUGUUGUUUCCCGAUCAAUGACAAUUGAGAUCCGUGAAGGAAGAGGCUGUGGGCCAGAUAAAGACCAUGUCUAUUUACAGCUUCACCAUCUUCCCCCUCAGCAAUUGGCUUCCCGUCUGCCAGGCAUUUCAGAGACUGCAAUGAUCUUUGCAGGGGUUGAUGUCACAAAGGAGCCUAUACCUGUCCUGCCCACAGUCCAUUAUAACAUGGGAGGCAUUCCAACAAACUACAAAGGUCAAGUGAUUAUUCAUGAAAAUGGACAAGACCAAGUGGUUUCUGGUCUAUAUGCAUGUGGUGAGGCCGCUUCAGCCUCUGUACAUGGUGCCAACCGACUUGGUGCAAACUCCCUCCUAGAUUUGGUCGUGUUUGGCCGUGCCUGUGCUAUUAGCAUAGCAGAGACCUCCAGGCCAGGAGAAGCAUUGCCUCCUAUCAAAGCUAAUGCUGGAGAGGAAUCUGUUGUGAAUCUGGACAAAUUACGGUUUGCCAAUGGAAGCACAAGAACUUCAGAGCUGAGAAUCAACAUGCAGAAGACUAUGCAGAGUCAUGCUGCUGUUUUCCGAACCGGCUCGGUAUUACAGGAAGGCUGUGAAAAGUUGAGUGCAAUCAAUGCAUGCAUGGAUGACCUCAAAACAUUUGACAGAGGAAUCAUUUGGAAUACUGAUUUGGUGGAGGCACUUGAGCUACAAAACCUAAUGCUUAAUGCACUUCAGACUAUUUAUGGCGCUGAAGCUCGGAAAGAAAGUCGUGGGGCUCAUGCCAGAGAGGACUACAAGGUCAGAGUUGAUGAGUAUGAUUUCUCCAAGCCACUGCAAGGACAGCAGAAGAAGCCUAUUGAAGAACACUGGAGAAAACACACGCUCUCAGUUGUUAAGAAGGGCAAGGUUACAUUAAAAUACAGACCUGUCAUUGACUCAACCCUGGAUGAACAUGACUGUGCAUCAGUCCCUCCUGCCAUCCGAUCGUACUAAGUUGUACUUUGUUCGUUCUUCUGUAGUGAUGAACUUUCACUUGUUGUGUAAAAUGGUUUUCUGGACAUACAGUCCUUAUUCAUGAUAUUUCACUGCUUGGUCAACUUGAAAAAUACAUAGUCUUCCUUUUCCAUUAAAGUUCAUUUUAUACCCAAA